CCACUCAUAAGAAAAAAAUUGUGUCUUUUUUUCAGAAUUCUUUCUCUUUAUCAAAAACUAAAACUUGAUUUCCAUUUAGGGUUGUUUUCUCUCUCUCUCUCUCUCUCUUGGAUUUCAUUCCAAAUUCCAAUCCUGUGUCUUCCUAAGAGCUGCCAAUGGAAGCGCCGGCGACGGCAACGGCAACGCUCCUCUCACCACCGCCCUCGGUUUACCUCCGAACACCCUCGGCACUCGCCUUCCGCUCCAAUCAUCGGUUCCCCACUAAGUUAAGCACUUCUCUUUCUAUCUACAAGCAAGGUCAUGGGAAACUCUGUAUUGGAAGUAGAAGGGGUUUUGUAGUUAGAGCUGCAUUGUCGUCUCCAGAGUCAUCUGAACCAAGUUCCAAGAUUGCUCCACUUAAGAUGGAGUCUCCAAUAGGGCAGUUUCUAUCUCAGAUUUUGAUAACUCACCCGCAUCUUGUGCCAGCUGCAGUAGAGCAGCAGCUUGAGCAAUUCCAAACUGAUUUUGAUGGUGAUAAACAAAAGAAGGAGCCUUCUGCUUCAGGCACUGACUUAGUUUUAUACAGGAGAAUUGCUGAGGUUAAGGCUAAAGAGAGGAGAACAGCUCUAGAAGAGAUAUUGUAUGCAUUGGUGGUGCAAAAGUUCAUGGAUGCCAAUAUUUCUUUGAUACCCUCCUUAACCCCAAACCCUUCUGGUCAGGUUGAUUCUUGGCCAAUUGAAGAUGGAAGACUGGAGGAGCUUCACUCACCUGAAGCCUAUGAGAUGAUCCAAAACCACUUGGCUCUCAUUUUGGGCAACCGUUUAGGGGAUUCAACAUCUGUCGCUCAGAUCAGCAAAAUCAGAGUAGGACAGGUCUAUGCAGCUUCAGUAAUGUAUGGGUACUUUCUUAAGCGGGUUUUCCAAAGAUUCCAGCUGGAGAAGGCAAUGAAAAUUCUUCCUAAUGCAGCAGAAGAGAAUAGCAUUCAACAAACUGUUGUUGAUGAUUCAAGAAUCAGUGGUGGAGAGAGGCCUUCUCAAGUUAUGUCCCAUCCUGAAGUUUCUACUUUGCCUGGUGGCAUCAGCUCAGGAGGAUUUGGUUAUGGUUCGAAAGUAUCCAGAUUGCGUACCUAUGUGAUGUCCUUUGAUAGUGAGACAUUACAGAGAUAUGCGACACUAAGAUCCAAAGAGGCUCUCAGCAUCAUCGAGAAGCACACCGAAGCAUUGUUUGGAAGACCUGAAAUGGUUGUAUCACCGGAGGGGAUAAUCGAUUCUUCUAAGGAUGAGAGCAUCAAAAUUAGCUUUGGUGGUUUGAAGAGACUUGUUUUAGAAGCUGUUACUUUUGGUUCUUUUCUCUGGGAUGUUGAGAGCUAUGUUGACUCAAGGUACCAUUUUGUCCUGAACUGAGUUCAGCUCACUCCCAUGCACCUCAAGACUGUGUAUGAACCGGAGUACUAAUAUUUUUCACCUCUUUGAUCAUAGUGGAUCUGAUUUUUACUAAGAAUAAAUUGAUAUCUUAAAAUUAGAUAUUUGCCCAUUUGUUUAUCCUCUGUUAUCAUGAUUUUUGUAGGAGCAUUAUUUUUGAAAACAAUAAAGAUCGGUCAAAUUUCAAAUUUUGAAUGAUUGUUGUUGUAGCAAUUAUAAUAAGAAUGACUGAUUACAGUGUUUGACUUCA